GAGAUACUUUGCGCCAUCGCCGCGGACAAUAGAGGUGCAGUGCUCGAAGCAUUCGCCGGCUUCCACAGCAGCGUGGACGAUUUGAAUUACUGCUUCGGUACUACGAUCCUCGGUUUUGCAGCCAAAAAUGGAAGCCAUGAGAUGCUCAAAUUGCUACUCCGUUCAGUAAGACGCAUGACUUACAAACGGCUGUACAAAUACUUGUAUAUCGCCAUCACAGAGGCCAGAGAUCCGCAUGUUAUUAUCGACGUCUUCCUUAACCACCUUGCCCAGCACUUCAAAGAUUCAAAGGGCAACGCCUCCACAAGAACAGAUGUAGCAAGACGCAUCCUCACCCAAAAUCUCCUGCUCGCAGCCUUGGCAAGAUGGGAUCUGUUAGUAGUUGACGCCUUAUGUGAAUGGAUGGAGAGCAUUCCAAACUUUCACGACAAACUCGAUAUGCUCAAAGCAAUUUUCGCCCGAGCUCUUCCCAAUCAGACUCUAUGCGCGUUACUCCCCAAUCUUGCGAUCCUGGCAACAAGGAGUGAGAAGAUGCCGGGACUAUUGGCCAUGAUCCCCGCGCAUCACUUCCGUACAUCAUACCAGCAGCGUCUCCGAAGUAAGUUCGCGGAGGUUUCUCGUCAUGGCUGUUGGAUAAUCUCAAGUCACCCUAGUCCGCCACGCAAUCCUGGAGCGAGGAGUUAUACAGGACCCGGUUUUGAUGCUAUCGACAGCUUUCACACAGAAAGGAAGUACAUCAAAUCGUCAAACUCAUUGUUCCUCGCAGUGGCGAACGGGUGGCUGGAUUGUGUUGAUGGGCUAUUGUGGGGUGGUGCGGAUGCGGGAUAUGAGGAAGAUGGAGGGAGCUUGCGGGACGUGGCAUGGAAUGCCGGAAGAAGGAACGAGGUUGCGCAGCUCAUGUAUGCGCAUGGUUGGAGAUAUAGGAAUUGGAAGUGGGUGAGGCUUACACACGCUUCACGUUCUGAGGCUUGUGUCGCUGUGAGUUCAGUUUUGAGGUCUUGAAUUGGCGAUCUUCUCAUCUGAGAUGGGUUCGUCGUAUGGGUAUGACUAGUCGUUCGUCUGCUCUGCGUCACCGCCGUAUUGGAGGCUAAAAGAGACUAACUGCUAAUCCGUCGAUACGAUGCUUAUGACCACAAAAGCGAACCAUAUCUCGGUCGGUCUAUCUAUCCAAGAUAGAAAGUUCCCGGUUCGCAAGCGUACCUAGGUAGAUUCGAGCAAUAUCUUCG